UCAUCUAUCCAUUAUAGCAGACAGUAUUACGAAGUAGCGUGUCGUGAACAUAGGUUUCUGCCAUCGCCAUGUCUCCUCCAAGUCAUCCCUUACCAACAUGGAAACCUCACAGCAGCGUCGUUAUAAUUAGCUGACAAUCCCAGAUCCAGUCAAAUCUGCUGCACACACACACCUCUAGACAUACAUACACAUCCACAUACACAACGCCAUGCACGCACGCACGCACGCACGGCAUUCUCGACCCCAGUCAGGGGUCGAUGCGGACAAUCCACUGCACCUCCACCUACCUCCUCCACCCCGACCUCGACCUCCAUCUCCAGCACAGCACGCACGCGCCAGGUGGUGCCAGCAAGCACAGCAAGCCUCCGAACAAGACGAACAGGCAGAUAUAUAGACAGGACAGUCGUACGAAGAAUGUGAUACUUACUAGUAGACCUUUUCUGGGGUCUGAUACUAGCGGGAUUAUGCGCCAAGAGGGGGGUGAGACGACGGGGUUCUUGGAGAAACGGGUUAGGUAGUAUUGCGUUGUUGUCUUGAGUGAAUGAAUGAAUGAAUGAAUUAAUGACUUAAUGAAGUUGCGUAUGUAUUGACGACCGAGGACUUGACGAGGCUAGAAUAUUCCAAGAAAGGGGAGGGAGGAGGCUGGGCGGUUGGUUCUAGGGCGAGUAUACUGUAC